CCUAUAGUAGAACUCAUAGUGGGCCCUUUUCUAGCAGAGUCCCAAGAGGGUCUGCAGUCUUCCCAGCCCCACGCCCCACUUGGGUUUGUUGUCUCUGACUCCCGGUUACUCUUUACACAACCCUCCCGCAGUAAGUGUAGGCCUCUUCUCUCCCCUCACUCAGCUCCCACACAGACUGUUAUGGUGAAGGGCAGUGCAGGCCAUGGUGAAGCUGGCUGCUAAAUGCAUCGUGGCAGGUGAUUCAACAGUGGGGAAGAGUGCCUUGGUCCAGAUGUUCUGCAAUGAUGGGGCUCAUUUCCAGAAAAACUAUACAUUGACAACAGGAGUAGAACUGCUGGUGAAGACAGUGCCUAUUCCAGAGACAAGUGAUAGUGUGGAACUCUUCCUCUUUGACUCAGCAGGCAAAGAACUCUUUUCUGAGAUGUUAGAGAAACUGUGUUUUUCUCUUGCUGUGCAGUGGGAACAGUCCAAUGCCCUGUGUAUUAUAUAUGAUGUCACCAAUGAACAAUCCUUCAAUAACUGUGCCAAGUGGCUAGAGAAACUAAGGACUCAGACCUCUAGAAUGCACAUGCCAGGUGUGUUAGUAGGCAAUAAGACUGAUUUGAUUGGAAGACGAGUUGUGGAGCAAAAGCAAGCACAAGAAUGGGCAGAAACCAAUGGCCUAGAGUACUGCGAGAUUUCAGUAAAAGAGAUGGAAAACUAUGAAGCGCCUUUUCACGUUGUGGCAAAUUCCUUUCACCGACUAUACAAAGAGAGGGUGGAAACCUUUCACUCACUGGUGUGAGGUGCCUUUGAGUGUAAUUUGCUUAACUUGUUAGUUUUCCUUGAACCUAAAAAUAAUCAAAUGUUUAAUAAUCACAGCCUAAAGCUUUUGUUAUUUAAUUAUCAUUUGCUUUUCAGUAAUUCUAAGCCAUACUAAGGCUAUAUAAGGAGACUUCCUUCAGCUGAAAUUUCACGUUCAUCUUUUUAUUACCUAUCCUGUAAUAUACAUUUUUAAAUGAGGUGUUGUCUUUGCAUGAUUUUACUGUUUAAAUACUUUGAAAUCAAAUAUCAUGCAACUGUCAUGAG